CUUCCAUGAGUUCAUCAAAAAUAGUGUCAAAAUUGAGUGCACUCAAACAAACUAUCGAUAUUCCAGUUGGAUUGUUUAUCGACGGUGAAUUCAGGAAAGGUACUGGUUCUAGCUUCUACUCUAUCAAUCCAGAAACAGAGAAACCAGUGAUAAGUGAAGCAAUACAAGGCGCUAGCAGGAAUGAUGUUGAUGACGCCGUAAAAGCUGCCCGCGCUGCAUUCGAAACAACCUGGGGUCAGAACGUCUCAGGUCCAGAAAGAUCAGCUUUAAUGAGGAGAUUAGCAGAUCUGAUCGACAGGGACACUGAGAAAUUGGCUAUUGUCGAGGCUAUCGACGGUGGUAAGACAAUCAACUGGUGCGAGGGUGACAUAGCAGACGCUGCAGCUUGUUUAAGAUAUUAUGCUGGCUGGGCAGAUAAGAUUAGCGGACAGACUUUAGAAGUCAGCACUGCAAAUAAGAUGUCUAUGACACUACAUGAACCUAUCGGUGUUGUUGGACAGAUCGUCCCAUUCAAUUACCCUAUUAUGAUGGCUGGAUGGGCUAUGGCACCUGCGUUAGCCGUAGGUUGUAGCAUUGUCUUUAAGCCAGCAGAGGCUACACCACUCACGACACUCCUUCUCGCUCAGCUCGUCAAGGAGGCUGGUUUCCCUAACGGUGUUUUUAAUGUCGUCAACGGCCUUGGUAGAGAGACGGGUGCUGCUUUAUCUGAGCACCAUGGUAUCGAUAAGAUUUCAUUCACUGGAUCGACUGCUACAGGACGUAGUAUCACUGUUGCUGCUGCACAAUCCAACCUCAAGAAGGUCACGCUCGAAUUAGGCGGUAAAUCACCAUCGCUGGUCUUUGAUUCAGCAGAUAUCGACGAAGCUGUCAAAUGGUCUGCUUUCGGUGUUUUCGAAAAUGCAGGACAAAGCUGCUCAGCUGGAACUAGAUUACUUGUACACGAGAACGUCUACGACGACUUCGUCAAAAAGCUCGCUCAAGCUGCAGACGAAAUUAAGCUUGGUCACGUUUUAGACAGAUCUACACAGCAAGGUCCACAAAUCCACAAAGCUCAAUUUGAGAAAGUAUUGAGCUACAUCGAAGCUGGUAAGAAAGAGGGCGCACGCUUAGUUACAGGCGGUAAAAGGCUUGGCGAUAAAGGCUACUUCAUCAGACCAACUGUAUUCGCGGACGUAAACAAUAAGAUGAAGAUUGCACAAGAAGAGAUUUUUGGUCCAGUCGUUGUCGUUAUACCGUUCAAGACUGAAGAUGAGGCUGUCAAGAUGGCCAACGACACCAGCUACGGUCUUGCUGCAGCUAUCUAUAGCAAGAAUGCCGACCAAGUGGGUAGAUUAAUGCACAAGCUCAAGGCUGGUACAGUAUGGGUUAACCAAUACACUAUGUUAUCACACAACACACCUUUCGGUGGUUAUAAACAAUCUGGAUGGGGCCGUCAACUUGGUAGCUAUGGUCUUGAGGCUUACAUGAACGUAAAAGGUGUAAGUUGGAACUAUGGACCUGAGCCAGCACCAAAAUUGUAAAUGAACACUUUGUAACCUGAACAAAUAAUAUAUUAUAUUAGC